UUGUAAACGCGUCAUUAGUCACCCGAGACUGCCCGAGACCUGUUAUUUUCCUUAUGCAUUCUGCGUAGACGAGAGCUCAGUGUGUAUUUUUUAUCGAAAAUUAUUGAAUUGGUGUUGGGGGAAAUUUCUAUCUUUUGUUGGAGUGAUUGAGGGGUCAUUCGUCUCGUUGCAACUGCUGUAGUGGGAUCAGAGGUGAGAUAUGGAGGCUGCCGGCAGUUCGGAGCAGCAUGAUGAGUGGAAAAAGAGGGCAUUUUUAGGGCCUCUUCCUCCUAGUUUCUUGAGGCUGGAGGAACAGUUGACACCCCAACAGCAGCAGGAAGCCGCUGACCAACAGGCGGCUCUUGCUUUGCAGCAGCUUCAAGGAAUGCCAGCUGCUGCUGCUGCUGCUCCCGGUUUGGGGAGGCUCAGUAUUACCAUUGUACAGGCGAAAUUAGUUAAAAAUUACGGUAUGACGAGGAUGGAUCCAUACGUGAGGUUGCGAGUUGGUCACGCGAUUUACGAGACUCAGACUGCAACCAAUGGAGGAAAAAACCCACACUGGAAUAAAGUCAUUCAAUGUUGGCUACCAGCUGGUGUGGACAGAAUAUACGUGGAAAUUUAUGACGAGUGUUCUUUCACAAUGGAUGAGCUUAUUGCCUGGGGACACGUAGAAAUUCCACCUCAUGUCAUCCAGAGGGGCGAGACCCAUGAAGAUUGGUACAUGCUCAGUGGGAAACAGGGAGAUAAUCAGGAGGGGAUGAUUGAUUUGGUCUUCAGCUACACGACUAAAUGCCAGCCCUACAUGACUGGACCUCCAAUGGUGAUGGUACCAAAUGCCACAUCGAACUUGAUGUUUGGAAUGCCAGGAUAUUCUCCUGUCAAUGUUUACACUGCACCACCAGUGGCUGCAGUGCAACAGCCCACCGUUAUUGCAAGUGCCAGACCAGAAGCAGAAACUGAAUUGCAGCAGAUCGCUGAAAUGUUCCCAAAUGUCGACAAAGAGGUAAUAAAAUCCGUCUACGACGCCAACAACGGUAAGAAAGACACCACCAUAAACUCUCUACUCCAAAUGUGCGAAUAAUUAUCAUUCCUAUACAGCAUAAAACGAAAUAAUUCUAAUCUCCAGAACUAUUUGUAUUUUCUGCAAAAAAAACAGAGCAAAUAUGUAUCCUAUAUUAAUGUAAUAUAUUUGUAAAUUAUUAAGAUGCCGUUUGUUGACGUUUUGUGGAUAACUGUGAAGCGAGAAAAUGGGUUUUUUUAGCAUUUCAAAGUUGCACAAGUACGCAUAGAAUUGAUUUUUAAUGGAUUUAAACGUAAACAGCAAAAGACUCGUUGAUAAUUUUACACAUUAAUAACCCAUAAUGCACGUGACUAUCAUUAUAAAUCUUUUAUUACAAAAACAAUUUGAACAAACAAAUUUACAAAGUGCAUGUACAUUUACAAUUUUUCCUAUUCUGAACGAAAGAAAUAUACCAUUUCACCUGGAAUGUAAUCUAAUCCUAUAAAAAUGUUUCAUUCAA